AUGCAUUUCAGGGCGCGAGAUCUUUCUCCGAAUGGGGAAACUGUGGAAAAGAACAAGGACGGCAAGGAGGGUAAAGAUGUUAAGGCAGUGAACAACAAAGUCAGUUCGUCGUCAAACUCCAACCGGGGAAGAGAAAGGGAUCGUAGGAGGCGUGGAAGUGCAUCGUCUAGCAGUGAUUCGAGUGACAGUUCAUCGGACAGCAGUUCGUCGCGGAGUAGCUCUGGUUCCGAAUCACGUUCCAGUUCAUCAAGUUCUAGUGGAUCGUCGUCUUCGUCUUCAUCCUCUUCGUCGCGCAAAAGCGCCUCUUCCCACUCACGUAGUCGCAGUCCACCACCAAAGAGACGCGAAAGGUCCCGAAGCCCGCCUCCAAAACGCCGGGACCGCUCACGAAGCCCCGCUGCCAAGCCGGCAAGGGAACGCACACGUUCGAGAUCACGCAGCCCUCUUCAGAAGCCACGAGAACGUACUAGGUCCCGUUCUCCACCGCCGAAACGUCGUGAACGUUCUCGCAGUCCUGUAACCAAACCCCGUGAUCGUACCCGCAGCCGUUCCAGAAGUCCACCUGCCAAGGCCAGGGAGCGUUCUCCAACUCCCAAACCAACACGUAUACACAUUGGACGAUUAACGAGAAAUGUAACGAAGGAUCACGUGAUUGAGAUAUUCAGUUGCUUUGGUGAAGUGAAAAAUGUGGAAUUUCCUACAGACCGUUACCAUCCUAACUUUGGUAGAGGCAUUGCUUAUGUAGAGUACGCAACUCACGAGGAAUGUGAAGCAGCAAUUAAGCAAAUGGACGGUGGUCAAAUUGAUGGACAAGAGGUAAACGUAUCGGCUGUUUUAACACCCAAAAUCAGAGGUCCACAGAGACGCCCCUCCCCAGUCAACCGUAGGCAGAAUGACCGUUGGCGUGCGUCGCCAAGGUUUAAUCGAUUCAACAGAAAUAGACGUUCUCCACCUCCGCGUGGUGGUCGUCGUUCGCCUCCGCGCAGACGUUCUCGGUCCCCAAUACGUAGACGCAGACGCAGCAGUAGCUCAGAUAGCUCUCGCUAAGUAAA